UGAGAUGGAAUCGAAAGCUUGGAAGUCGCCAAUGGGGGGAGAAGGCGACGACCGCACGGGAGUCAAUAGGCGGCAUGGAUGAAUAGGUCCAAGGCCAAGCCGUGGAGCUGAUGCUUGCAAGCUGACGUCUUCACGUAAAUGGCCGGCGCUGGGCCACAGCGAGGGGAGAUCUGGAGUCAAUGCGCCAAUAGCCGACGAGCGCUUCUCUGUUCCGUCUCCUGGACGAAGACGCCCGGCCGACAGAUGCUUCGGGCCCGGCCCCAACCCGAAAACAGGAAUCUUUCGACCCGCCACCCACCGAUCUAACUCAGUCACGGGAAAGAAAAAGCAUAUAUAUCUCUAUAUAUAUGUGUGUUUGUGUGGAGAGGGUAGAGGCAGCGAAAGAAUCGGACACAUCAAGAGCAAAGGGGAACCUUUGAGCUAGAACUGUGAACAUGGCGGUAGAACUUGUAAUUGAGGAAAAGCCAGAAGUAACUGUUAAUCACACACGCAGUCUGGUGGUAAAUAUCUUGGAAGAUCAUAUGGAAGGAACUUAUAAUCUUGAUGAAGUAGCAUUUCAGGCAAGUCUUUAUCAGUCAUUCCAGGAGAAUUCAGGCGAUAGAGAUAGACCAAAUCACGAAAUUGGCCAAAGCAGCCAAAGUUCCCAUGGUGGGAGUAAUCUCCACUCAGUAUCAGCAUACGAUGAAGCUCUAGCUCAACAGUACCAAUUUCUGGAGAAUUGUUCUGCUGAUGCACCAGAAAGUACAAUAAAUCAUUCAGAAGAUGGUGAAAACACAACAGAGUUGUCUACCUUGAAUGCUGGAUCUACAUCUACUGACAAUCCUAAUCCGGUUAUAAGAGACGACAACGUUGACACAGAUGCAAUGUCUUAUGAGCAAUUACAAUCCCUAGAGGAAGAAAUAGGUAUUGAAGGCAGAGGUUUGUCAGAUGAGUUUAUUUCUUAUUUGAAGGAACACAGACAUGGAUUCUUCUCGAAAAAGGGCAACGAAGAAUGUGUCAUUUGCAAAUCAAAUUACAAAAGCCGGAAAUUGAUCACCUUGCCUUGCAAGCAUUGUUACCAUUCGCACUGCAUCAAACGCUGGUUGAAGGAAAAUAAGGCAUGCCCCAUUUGCAAGGAGGAGGUAUUUGGAUAAAAGUUACACUACAUCAAGCUGCAAUGGCCUGCGUAAUUUGCUACUAGAAUCGCUAUUAACACACCAAAAAGGAGGGAAAAAAUACCACCUGUUUUUGUUUUUGUUUCUGUUUUUGGGGCUGUGAAAACAAACUUGGACAACCUUGUCACAGGAUCACAAAUCUGUGUUGUUGCUUGCAUUGUGAAUGUUUUUGUGCAGUUUCUAUGGAACAGGAGACAAUACAAUCAGACAUUAUUCUA